AGAGACAUAUGUCAAUAGUGCGCCGAACUUCAGACAACUUGCCAUCCAUCGACUGUUGCCUCGUUGGAUCGGAAUGAGUUAAGCCACAUCAUGAAAGGGUUAUUCUACCAUGCGGAUGUGACGGAGCCAGAUUUCGUUUUCGAGGAGUUGAGUGCACCUGACGCUAUAAACGACCAUCAUGUCAGAGUACAAGUGACAGCAUGUGGACUUCGCCCUGUGGACACCCAGCUUGUGGCUGACGCGGGUCUACAGAAACCUCUGAUUCCUGUUGGCAGAGAAGUAGUGGGUGUUGUACUCCAAGUUGGGCCAAAAGUCACGUUUUUACAGCAGAAUGAUGAGGUUGCAGGUUUACUUCCACUGGACUCCUCCUACUCUGGACUAUGUGGUGUCAUCGACAUAGAAGAACAAUAUUUAGUUCAGAAACCGGCGAAGCUUCCCUCUGCCACCGUGGCUUCAGCAUUGCAGGAUGGUCUGUGUGCAUACAUGGCCCUUCACAUGCAUGCCCAUGCAGCUGCGGGACAGACCCUACUUGUGGUCGACGGUGCCAGUCCACUGGGUCAGAUGUGUAUCCAGCUGGCAUGCUAUCACAAUGUCAAAGUUUUGACUACCUCACACUCACCUCAGGACCAUGACUUUCUACAGCAGCUGCGUCCAGCUGUUGCCAGAGUGAUUGCCAUCCACAACAAUUCACCAGACCUGCUGUCAGUCGUGCUAGAGGAGACUGGAGGAAUCGGUGUGGAUAUAGUCAUUGACGCUGGCGCUUGUCUGCAAGAAACUGAGGAAACAAGGCUACACCCGGACAAACAUGACAUCAUCAGUGCGUUGGCAGUGGGGGGCCACUGGGUGACAACUCAUCAGAACCUGCAGCUGGACCCUCCUGACUGUAGGUUCCUGUUCCUCAAGUCAGCAUGCGUUUCAUUUCUCAAUCCUGAAGUCUGGACUGCAGCCGCGGCACAGCAGGGACGCUUUUUACAUAUUCUCAAGGAUCUCAUGGACAAAAUGGCCGCUGGCAUCCUGAGGCCGCAAUCGGUGGAAGCUGUGCCUUUUGCUGAAAUGCUUGAUGUCAUGAAGAUGGUCCAGAGUGGUCAGAGAAGGAAGGCAGUGGUCAGAUUCUGAAGAUCGACUUCAUUUUAUUGAAAAUAAACAAUGUAGCUAGUGACUAUGCAA